CGACUUUACUUCUCCACCCCACCGUAUGGCAGGGCCAUAAUUGCUCCCUUUGACUUGUGAUACCCUCCCGUGUUCAGCGCGCACUUCACCUCGUCCAAUUAUCGCGACACCGCCACAUUUUCAAACCCCGUAUCACAAUGGCGUCGAGCUCAACCGAAACCACGCCGCUGAUGUCGUCCAUGUCUGGCGGUAGCAAAACGAACAAAACAACCCCCCCAAAACAGCAGCGUACCGUCACAUUCAAUACGACAGUCUCUUCUUCCAAUGAUACUGCUCAAUUUCGAUCCGGGUUGCAGGGUGCAUCGUCGUCAAGACAACCUACAAGCCAUGGAGGUCAGCCAAUGCUCGCAGGUCUUAAUAGCAAACUGCGGAGAAGAAACAGCUCCGGCGCACCUGCAAGGAUACCACCAGGUCCUGUUGGAAAAAUUGGUCCUCAGAGAACGACGCGAACUGCGCAGAAAUUGAAGCUUCUCCCAGACCCAGCGCAAGGCGAGGAAGGGGAAGACGAAGAGAGCGGACGCGACGUAUACGUACAAUACACGAAAAUUAAAGACGCCACCGCGAGAAGAGAUGCAGCGCGACUGGGCAAGGCAGACCGAGACCGAUUACCGCGAGUGACGGCAUACUGUACAGCGGCGUCAUACAAGCUCGAUGACCUUAUGAGGUUUCUGAAGGGCAAGCAGAAGAUCAGGGGCGCAUUGCCGAAACGAUUCGACGAAUGUAUUUACUCGCCAUACAACUACGGUGCCAAGGGGCCGGAGGACGUUCACAGCUCAGCAGCACUCGAUGGCGCUCCCGGAGCGCUACAGAGGAGGUUCUCAGACAGCGCCAUCGAGGUCGAACAUCAGAACGAGAGGCGACGAGAGGACCUCAUCGACCUACACGAUGAUGGUGAUGCGCCGAACAUAGGCAACGGCGAGAGCUCAGACAGGCCCCGGCGACCGUCCAUCACACAUGCAGACUCGGACCCUCAGGUGGACACGCCUGACUUCGACACACGAGUUCACACACCUGAAGUCUUCCUGUUUGAGUACGGCACGGUCGUGAUCUGGGGCAUGUCACUACAAGAAGAGAAGCGCUUCCUCAAAGAGAUUGCGAAGUUCGAAGUCGAUAAACUUGGCAAAGACGAAGUUGAAACCGAAGAGUUCAACUUCUACUACACCCGCGAGUACCAGGCGCGCAUCUACAACGACUUCAUCUCUCUCCGCGACAAGAAGAACUACAUGAUCAAGCUCGCCAUCUCCCACGGCCUAUCCCAGUCCGUCAAGACCAGUCUCUUCGAAGACUUGGUCGACAGCACUAUCGACGACACCAAGGAUAUUCCCGCGCAGAUUGCUAGCUCCGGCAAAAUCAAUCUGAACAAGAAGCAGAUUAAUAUGCAGAUCGGAGAGCUGUUCAUUCUGCGUAUCAGUAUCCACUUGCAGGGCUCGGUGCUUGAUGCGCCGGAGCUCAUGUGGGCGGAACCGCAGCUGGAUCCUGUAUACCAGGCUGUGCGAAGCUAUCUCGAGAUGGACCAGCGAGUUACACUUCUCACAGAGCGAUUGAAUGUCAUUGGAGAUCUGCUGGCCGUUCUUAAGGACCAGUUAACAGCUACGCAUGGUGAAUUACUCGAGUGGAUUGUCAUCAUCCUCAUCUUCGCUGAAGUUGUUGUUGCAGCCAUCAACAUCUUUGUUGACUUGAACGCUGCAGACUAGUCGUUCCACUACCAUUCAAUGUACAUAGCUUUCCUUCUGUACAGUAUGCAGGCUCGCGGGACGGCGUUCUCAGGAGUACUUUUGUUUGGGCACGAUCAGUCUCGCAUGAUGCAAGGUGUUUGAGCUUUUGUGGGCGGACAGGUUACAGGUGUAGACUUAUGCAGGAGGAAGGAUUACUGGUAAUGUGAAGAAACAACU